CUCCUUGAUAGCUUUAUUUAUAGUAAAUUAAGAUAUUCAUACUGUUAGUUGACCUCUUCACUGCUGUCUUCUUAUCCAGAGAUGGUGGACACACAGAGAGCUGAGUGGCCCAUGAUGAGUUUUGGGCUGGGCACAUUGGACCUGGCAGAGAUGGACAACAGGAUGAAUAGUUUUGACAUGAAGACCCUGUCAACCCUGGACCACCCUUACCUCCCCUCCCUGGAGUACAGCCUCAACAGUCCCCACCACCACAGCCCAGACAGAAACCACUCAUUCAACCACAGACCAGACAGAAACUACUCAUUCAACCACAGCUCAGACAGAACCCACUCAUUUAAACACAGCCCAGACAUAAAUCAGUCAUUCAACCACAGUUUAGACAUAAAUCAGUCAUUCAACCACAGCCCAGACAGAAACCACUCAUUCAACCACAGCCUACACAGAAACCACUCAUUCAACCACAGCCCAGACACAUUCAACUACCCAUACAACUACACAUUCAGCGAGUACCAAUGUUCGGUAAAAGUGGAGCCCAUGUCCCCUCUUUGGUCUAGCAACUGUAGCGUUGUCAGCCUGUCCAGACCCCCUCUUCACUCCAAGUCCCCCACUUACACAGACCCCAGCACUCUGCUCUACAUUGACUGCAGAGUAUGUGGGGACACGGCAUCAGGCUUCCACUAUGGGGUGCAUGCCUGUGAGGGCUGCAAGGGAUUCUUCCGCAGAACCAUGCGGUUAAAACUGGUGUAUGACCACUGUGAUCUGCAUUGUCGGAUUCACAAAAAGAGCCGGAAUAAGUGCCAGUACUGUCGCUUUCAGAAAUGUCUGCUAGUGGGCAUGUCACGCGAUGCCACCCGCUUCGGCCGGAUGCCCCAGGAGGAGAGAGAGAAGCUGCUGGCUGAGUUUAUGGAUAUGACCCCCAGGAGCCCAGAGUCAGCGGACUUGAGAGCCUUGUCCAGACAGCUGUGUCUGUCCUACCACAGACACUUUCCCCUGACCAAGAGCAGGGCCAGAGCUAUCCUGUCUGGGAAGACCCACGGAAACUCACCGUUUGUCAUCCAUGACAUGAAGUCUCUGACGGAGGGUCAGGACUUUAUAAACUGUAGACAGUUCCCUUUCCUGGAGCACCAGAGGUCUGUACUGCCUCCUCAAGAGCCUGCUGGAGAGCUGGAGCUCUCCUUUUUCCGCCAGGUUCAGUUCCGCACCGCUGAGGUUGUACGAGAAGUCAUAGAGUUUGCCAAGAGCAUCCCUGGGUUCACAGAGCUGGACAUGAAUGACCAGGUGACCCUGCUGAAGUACGGGGUCAUCGAGGUCAUGUUGAUCAUGCUGGCGCCGCUGAUGAACAAGGACGGCACACUGUUCGGCUACGGACAGAUCUUCAUGACCCGGGAGUUCCUCAAGAGUCUGAGGAAGCCCUUCUGUGAGAUGAUGGAGCCAAAGUUUGAGUUUGCGGUAAAAUUCAACGUGCUGGAGCUGGACGAUAGUGAUAUGGCGCUCUUCCUCGCCGUCAUCAUCCUCAGUGGAGACCGUCCAGGCCUGGUGAAUGUGAAGCCCAUCGAGGACCUCCAGGAGGCAGUACUGCAGGCCUUGGAGCUGCAGCUGAAGACCAUCCACCCAGACUGCCCUCAGCUGUUUGCCAAGCUGCUGCAGAAGAUGACCGACCUGCGGCCGCUGGUGGCCGACCACGUCCGCCACAUCCACCUGCUCAAGAAGCAUGAGCUGGAGAUGUGUCUGCACCCCCUACUACAGGAGAUCAUGAGGGACCUGCACUAGAGUAGUGGAGACUAUACACUGUGAUUUAUACUAUACAGCAGAGGCUACUGAUAAUAAUGGCUGGAACAACACAAAUGGAAUGGCAUUCCCCCUUAUUCCACUCCAGUCAUUAACACGAGCCUGUUCUCCCCAAUUAAGGGAAGAUACAUAGUCAGUUGUACAAGUGAAUGCAUUCAACUGAAAUGUGUCUUCCGCAUAUCAACUGAAAUGUGUCUUCUGCGUUUAAUCGUCAUCCACUUCAUCCGAGGAACAGUGGGUUAACUGCCUUGCUCAGGGGCAGAAGGACAGAUUUUUACCUUCCUAAUAAAUACUUAAAGUACAGUUUAAUGUUGCCAUCUGCUGGUGAAUAUGUUAGAGAUGCCAUUGCUUUAUGAUGUUAUGCAAUGUCAUGAUAUACCACUGUAGCUGAGGCAAAGCGUGUCAGUGCUCAUGUUAAGGUAACUUUAAAGAGCCACUGAACAUGCAGAUUGGCACGUGUUUUUCUGUUGCUCAUUAGAAAAACGAGAUUUCAGUCUUGGAGGUGUUUCCUGGCCGAUUCCGCGUUUGGUUAAUGAUGUUUGUCCCCCACGAGACACUGUAGAUGCAGAAGCCUAUUUCACUUCUUCAAAAUCCCCAGAAUGAAUCUACGAUAACUCAAGAAAUCGGUAAUAAAUGUUGACGUUUUUGACGAGGAUGUUUUAGUUGCCCAAUUUUACACCUUUCUAAGGUGUUUAGUGCAGUAUUUUUCAAGUUAAUAAAUGUGCGACGUGUUGUCUUACGUAAACAGUCAGAGCUGCUGGGCAGGUCUGUCUCACUGUCUAUGCUAUUGGAUAGAGAGCGAUCGCCGCAGCUGUUCACCCCAUGUUAGUGGGCAAAUGGACAUCGUCAAAUCAAAACCAAACCUUCAUUUACCAGUUGUGAUGCACGGAUGUUCCAAAAGUAUCAUAUUUACACUUUAGUAAAUGUUGACACUAGAAUAACUGUUUCUGACUCCUAUUGAUGCCACAUAGGCAGUUUUCAAAGGGAUUCGUUGCUUUUUAAAGGCAGUCACUCUUUAAUGACUGUGAUUAUUGCUAUACAUAGUGUAUUCUAUCUACAAUGAGAUAUGGCAUGGUUAAAAUUCUUUAGUUUAUUAAAAACAUAAUUGGGGAAAUGGUACAAUAGUUAUUUUGCCACAGUGAAUUCAUGUGCAGCACAGGUAGUAGACCUGU